UGGCUAUAAAUAUGCGAUAAAUCCAACUGCUUGAAGCUCGCUGCUUGCUCCUGCGUGAAUUUUAGGCUGCUUCUUUCUUCUGAAUUUUCUCUUCAAGUUCUUGCGGUUCCAUUUGGUUAAUAUCAAAUGGGUAAAGAAAAGGUUCACAUCAACAUCGUGGUUAUUGGCCAUGUCGACUCUGGAAAGUCGACCACCACCGGUCACCUUAUCUACAAGCUUGGAGGAAUUGACAAGCGUGUGAUCGAGAGAUUCGAGAAGGAAGCUGCUGAGAUGAACAAGAGGUCAUUCAAGUACGCUUGGGUGCUCGACAAACUUAAGGCAGAGCGUGAACGUGGUAUUACCAUUGACAUUGCUCUCUGGAAGUUUGAGACCACCAAGUACUACUGCACCGUCAUUGAUGCCCCCGGUCAUCGUGACUUUAUCAAGAACAUGAUCACGGGAACUUCACAGGCUGACUGUGCUGUUCUCAUUAUCGACUCCACAACUGGUGGUUUCGAAGCUGGUAUUUCCAAGGAUGGACAGACCCGUGAACACGCUCUCCUUGCUUUCACUCUUGGUGUCAAGCAAAUGAUCUGCUGCUGCAACAAGAUGGAUGCUACCACUCCUAAAUACUCAAAGGCAAGGUACGAUGAAAUCGUCAAGGAAGUCUCUUCCUACUUGAAGAAGGUCGGAUACAACCCAGAGAAGAUCGCCUUCGUUCCCAUCUCUGGUUUUGAGGGUGACAACAUGAUUGAGAGGUCCACCAACCUCGACUGGUACAAGGGACCAACCCUUCUUGAAGCUCUUGACUUGAUCACCGAGCCCAAGAGGCCCUCGGACAAGCCCCUCCGUCUUCCACUCCAGGACGUUUACAAGAUUGGGGGUAUUGGUACCGUCCCUGUCGGUCGUGUUGAAACCGGUGUCCUGAAGCCUGGUAUGGUCGUCACCUUCGGCCCAACUGGACUCACCACUGAAGUUAAGUCUGUUGAAAUGCACCACGAGUCUCUCCCUGAGGCCCUUCCCGGUGACAAUGUUGGUUUCAACGUGAAGAACGUUGCUGUCAAGGAUAUUAAGCGAGGGUUUGUCGCCUCCAACUCUAAGGAUGACCCAGCCAAGGAGGCUGCCAACUUCACAUCCCAGGUUAUCAUCAUGAACCACCCUGGCCAGAUUGGUAACGGUUAUGCCCCUGUCCUGGAUUGCCACACCUCCCACAUUGCCGUGAAGUUCGCCGAGAUCCUCACCAAGAUCGAUCGUCGUUCUGGUAAGGAGCUCGAGAAGGAGCCCAAGUUCUUGAAGAACGGUGAUGCCGGUAUGGUUAAGAUGAUUCCCACCAAGCCUAUGGUGGUCGAGACCUUCUCUCAAUACCCACCAUUGGGUCGUUUUGCGGUACGGGACAUGCGUCAAACCGUUGCGGUGGGUGUGAUCAAGAGUGUGGAGAAGAAGGACCCAACCGGAGCCAAGGUGACCAAGUCCGCCGCCAAGAAGAAAUAAGAGAGCCAGCCAACAACCAGCCAAACCCUGCGUUUUGAGUCAUUGAGAGAAGGUUUUAAAGAAGACUUUUGGUUUUUGCUAGUUGUGAGUUGGCUUUUUACUUUGUAUAGAGCGGCUCUACUCGGUAGAAGGUUUUUAAUUAUUUAGUCUUAUUAUGCGUCUGGUUUUGUGCUAUUUUCAUCUUCUUAUGGUCUGUUGUCGUUAUUUUUGAGUCAUUUGAGACAUUAAAAUUGUUGGAUAAUUGAGGUUUAAAUGUUUUAUUUUUCAGUUAA